CAGUCAGUCGCACGAGAGCCUCCGACGUGUGAGGGUGUCUCCUCGCGCUCCGCGUGCGUUCAACCGCCGCCGCUCGCUCUCUCUUUCUCUCUCUCUCUUUUUCUCUUCCUCCCCUCAUGUUUUUCCCCCCGACCCGCGAGGACGACGACGACGACCACGCGUCAUCUCACUGCCACUAGCAUAAUAGUUAAUGUAUUAACUACCAACACUGCCGCCCGAGUGUAUAUGUGCGAACGCGCGCGCGCGCUUGCGAUAUCGUGAUAAUAGAGAGAGAGAAGAUCCGGAGUGCACUUCAGGACGUUCGACGAGAGUGCGCACUUGUUUGCGCGCGAGUGCUCGUUCGCGGUGCCCCUCUUUCUCUCCCUCGCGUGUUCUCUCUAUUGUGUUCUACGUAAUCACUGCCGGAAGCGCGCGCUCGAGCCAACAAACGGCCCGACGAGAGUUUAUAUCGUCGGUGCCAUGGGACGUCGCUGAAAACGAAGAACUCGCGUCGGGGGGGAAGAAGGAAGAAGAAGAGUGCAGCAGCGGAAGCGAGGAGGAGGAGAAGUGGGAGAACUUGUGUAUACAAUUUUUAUCGACGACGCGCCAGUUGAGAUUUAAAUCGUCAUCGCCGCCGCUGCUGGGAGAUUUAAAUGGGCCGUGAAAGCGUUCCAGCAGGUGCUAUGGGUGGAACCGGGAUUUCCGCGGGCCUGCGAGGUUCACCUACGGCUCGGCUUGAUGCUGAAGGUCCACGCUGAGUUCGACGCCGCCUUGAAGCACCUGACCCUCGCCCUGAUCGACGCCACCACACCUGCCUCCUUCUCCAAGCUCGAGAUAAAAUUCCACAUUGCUCACUUGUACGAAGUUCAAGGCAAGUACCGGCUGGCCAAGGAGCACUACGAGGCUCUGCUGAAGGAAAAAGUACUGCCGUUGCAUCUCAAGGCCGACAUCUGCCGUCAGCUGGGAUGGAUGUACCACGUGGUUGAUUGCUCUGUGCUGGGCAUAACAAGGCAGCAGAAGCAGACUGCAGCUAUUCACUGUCUUCAAAAGUCCAUCGAGGCCGAACCUAAGAGUGGUCAGAGCCUCUAUCUCCUGGGUCGCUGUCUAGCCGCUUCCGGAAAGGUCCACGAUGCGUUUAUCGCGUACAGAAAUUCAGUCGAAAAAUCGGAAGGUAACGCGGACACAUGGUGCAGCAUAGGCGUUCUGUAUCAGCAGCAGAAUCAGCCUAUGGAUGCGCUGCAAGCCUACAUAUGUGCCGUGCAAUUAGACAAAACGCACUCGGCUGCUUGGACUAAUCUGGGAAUAUUGUACGAAAGUGUCAGUCAACCGAAAGACGCUCUGGCCUGUUACGUCAACGCAUCUAGGGGAAACAGCAGCGCAGCGAAUUGCACGGGCCCAUUUCUGGGCCUGGGUGGCGUCAAGUCCGGUGGCAACAACCCGAUGAACCCGUCCCUCCAACAGCGCAUCAACUUUCUGCAGAGUCACCUAAGUCAAGCACCAAUGCCUUCUGUCGCUGCCAAAAAGCGGCAUUUGCCGUCGAUCGAAGAUGCUUGGAAUCUGCCGAUCAGUGCAGAAAUUACCAGCCGGCAGCAGCAGCAACAGCAACAGCAACAACCCGGCGGACCCUCAUAUAAAUAUGGCGCAACACCUACCGGUCCUCCGCCUCCUUAUCCUCAAGCUCAAGUACAGAACACCAAGCGAUUUAAGACGGACGAGGCGAUAUCAGCCGCUCCGCAGCAGCGACCGCCGCCGUAUUACAUGUCGUCGCAGCAGCUCCAAAUGUUGCACUUUCUGCAGCAAAAUCACGGCAGUCUGACGCCGCAGCAGCAGGCCCUAUUCGUCCAGCUGCAGCAGCAGUAUCGCGCGAUGCAGCAACAUCAGCAGCACAUAAGGCUGCAGCAAGCGGCGGCGCAGCGGGGCCUAAGGCCAGGGCAGCCCGGUCAUCCCACGGCCUACGGCGGUCAUCCUCAGAACCUCGGACAGUCGUCGGGUGUUAUCAAGAACUACGGGAUACCCCAACAACCGCUGCAGCAAGGAGGUACGGUGGCGCUGCAGACAGGCUUCUCCGACAGUAACGUCGGUUACAACACGGCGGCGACCGGGAACACCACGCAGUCACCAGGCAUGCCUUACAAAUCCGCCUCCGAUCCCGCUUACCCGCCUCAGAAGCAGCAGAUCGCGGCUGGCGGCGCCCAGUACGGCGGCCAGUAUCCGCAGCAGCCGAAUCAGUACGCUGCUCAGGGUUACACGCAGGUCUCGUCGGCCGGCAGCGGUUACCCGGAGAAUUCCACGGCGGCUGCAGCGAACAAGGACAAUCUGGACAUGACGGAUCAGGAGUUGCAGGCGCUGCUGUCGCAGAAAGACAUUGCGACGUCACUAGCGGAGGAUCUUCUCAAGCACUUCGGCUCUGAUGGUUUAGACACCGUCGUGAAGGAGGAACCGUCGAGUGGCGCCGUCAACGACAGCGGCACGUUGAGCUCCGGUCCGUUCUCGCCGUCGAAUCUCGAGGAGAACGCCGUGGAAAAGCUGAAGGAGGUGAUCAAGCUGGAGAAGCCGGAGGAGGCUUCUUGCCACUUGAAAUCGGAGGCUGCGUCGACGACACCAGCGACGACGGCGACGACUACGACGACGAUAGCGGCGGUGAAGUGCGAGUCGACGGCGGCGACGACGGUGAAGAGCGAGACGACGACGUCUUCCUCCUCGUCGUCAUUGUCCUCCAGCGCGACGACGACGACGACGACGCCGAUGACGAGCAGGAGCAGUGAGGCUGCGAAUAUCAACAUUUCUAAGGCUGCAGAACCGACGAUGAUGAAUCUGAAGCUCGAAUCCUUAUGCGAGUCGCAGCCGGAGCAGGAGCUGAGCAUUGAGAUGGACGCUAGAACGCUGAUAGAGGCGUGCAAGGGUCAGGGGUUGAACGGCGUGCCGAAUUGCUCGAUACUGAGCGACCGUUCGCCGCCGCCGGCGCCUCCGGAUCCGCCCAGUCAGCGACUGACGAAGGAACAAUUGCUGCCACCGACACCCAGCGUCUAUCUGGAGAACAAGAAGGACGCGUUCAGUCCGCAGCUGCAAGAGUUCUGUCUGAAGCACCCGAUCGCGGUGAUACGCGGCCUCGCGGCCGCGCUCAAGCUAGACCUGGGUCUGUUCUCGACCAAAACCCUGGUCGAGGCGAACCCGGAUCACGGUAUCGAGGUGCGCACCCAAAUGCAGCAGACCAGCGAGGAGAAUUGGGACCACACGCUCAACAAGAAGGUCUGGAAUUGUAUCAGCCAUCGGAGCCACACGACGAUCGCCAAGUACGCGCAGUACCAGGCCUCGAGUUUCCAGGAGAGCCUGAGGGAGGAGAAGGUUCAGGGCGGUGGCAUACACGCGUCUAAUCUGUCGGACUCGGACUCGAAGGACAGUACUGGUCAGACUGUCAGACGGAAGAAGAACACCUUCGGUCUGACCGGUCGACCAGGAACCAAGAUGCUGCGCUUUGGUACCAACGUGGAUCUGUCGGAUGAGAGGAAAUGGAAGCCGCAGCUACACGAGCUCAUGAAACUGCCAGCCUUCGCUAGAGUGGUCUCAGCCGGCAACAUGCUCAGUCAUGUCGGUCACGUGAUCUUGGGGAUGAACACUGUGCAGUUAUACAUGAAGGUGCCAGGCAGCAGAACACCCGGCCACCAGGAGAACAACAAUUUCUGCUCGAUCAACAUCAAUAUCGGACCAGGUGAUUGCGAGUGGUUCGCGGUGCCGGAUGCUUACUGGGGCAUGAUAUGCUCGCUCUGCGAGCGCAACGGCAUCAGUUACUUGCACGGCAGCUGGUGGCCGAACCUGGACGACCUGUAUGAGGAGAACAUCCCGGUGUACAGGUUCCAUCAGCGACCGGGCGACCUCGUGUGGGUGAACGCCGGUUGUGUGCACUGGGUUCAGGCGGUUGGCUGGUGCAACAACAUCGCGUGGAAUGUCGGGCCACUCACGGCUAGGCAGUACCAGCUCGCGAUCGAGCGCUACGAGUGGAACAAGUUGCAAGCAUUCAAGUCGAUUGUGCCGAUGGUGCAUCUCUCGUGGAACCUGGCGCGCAACAUCAAGGUGUCGGAUCCGCGGCUCUUCGAGCUCAUCAAGAACUGCCUGCUGCGGACGAUGCGACAGUGUUGCUUGAUACUAGAGUUUGUGAAGAGCAAGGGAGUGGAGGUGCGCUUCCACGGACGCGGCAAGAACGAGGCCUCGCACUAUUGCGGCCAAUGCGAGAUCGAGGUGUUCAACAUCCUAUUCAUCCGCGAGCAGGAGAAACGUCACGUGGUGCACUGCAUGGAUUGCGCGCGCAAGCAAUCCCCGUCGCUGGAGGGCUUCGUCUGCCUGGAGGAGUAUCGGAUGCGCGACCUGAUGGACGUCUACGACGGCUUCGCUCUGCACACGCCGCAGGUCGCCACCACCGCUGCCUCCGUCACCACCACCUCCUCCUCGUCGUCAUCCUCUUCGUCGUCGGCGGCCGCGGUCGCGGUCGCGGCGGCCGCCGCCGCCGCGGCGAUGUCCCAGACCCAGAUGUCGCAGACCCAGAUCGGCCAGUCCUCCUGAGAUUACAUGCAACACAUAUACCUAGACUUUCUCAGCACGCUGCAACAGUAGUGAUCACCACCAUCCGGGAAACGCGAAUUUUUCCCGGAUGGUCACUGUUGCUAGGCGUUAUCGCUCUUGUAUAACGAGAGGAGAAGCUCUCGUGCGAUAAGCAUCGUCAGUGUACCUGAGAGCUUCGCGAAAAGAACCGGGACCGGCUCGUCGAAGGUUCCUCUUGGACGCUCGUCCACGAAUUCUUCGAACAUGGCGGGCGAAGCGUUUGACCGAAGUAAAAAUCAUCGAGUAUGGAAAAAAAUGUUGAGAAGACUGGAAAUGUCUCUUCCAAGGAACAUUUGUUUUUUCUCAAAUUGACAUCUGAGAUCACGCUUCGUCUCGUCGUGUCGAAUGUACAUUUUUCUCGCGAUUUGUGUACAACACGAAGAAAGAGAAGGGUUCUUAUUAGCGCAGUUUGUACAAAAUCUAGUUGGCUUAUCUUUUCUAAAGAAGAAGAAUGAGGGGAAAAAUAAUUUCCUUCUUUAUAUAGCUCUCGGGUAUCGACUUGGAGAAGACUGUAGGAUAACUUUAAUGAAGAAAAGAACGUCAUGCGAUCGUUUCUCUUUCGGAUAGUUAUUCUUUCACUGGAUUCGAGACCCUCCUUAUCAUCGUACAAUUAAUCAUUAUCGUCGCGAUCGAAGAAGCAGCGGACGAAUUUAAUUUCGCGAAAAUCGUCCUCUUUUCAGUCUUCGUUCUCUUCGCAAUCGGUUGAUUUACACAAGACUUUCGCGGUAACGUGAUUCACUGCCACUUACGAAGACGCUGAGAUGUGAAAGAAAAAAAAGAGAGAUUAGCCGUAUAUAUUAUAUGUAUUAUACGUGUGUGAGAGGAAUGAAUUGAUCGUUGUUAGGAAAAUAUGCGUAUGAAGUACUGCCGUACGUGGAACUGCUCAAACUAUUUGUACAUUUUUGUAUGCAAAAUUGUCGAGAGGAAAAAAGAAGAAAAAAGAAAAUUAGCGGGGAUGUCUCUACUGCCAACUACACGUCAUCUCUCGAUCGAGAUGAGAGACGUUUUGGAUUUCUUGUCGCGUGAAAUUUAUGUGUGAGCCUCCACUUGCGCAAGCAUGAGUCUUCAAAAGGCUCGACUGUCAAAUGUUUGAUCGAAAUUAAUGAAUGAAGAAAUUAGAAACAUAGGAUCUGACAAGACAGAGAAAAAUAAUGGAAGUCUGAGGCUUCGUGUGUGUGAUUUAGAAUUGACUCUUCUGUCGAUGAACGAAUAUCCGGGUGCCUGAAGCAACUUUGAUUGUUAAAAACGUGUCGGAACCCUUUUUUGCCUGAAACGAAAUACAGAAUGGGCAUUUGUAUUCGGACACUAUUCUAAAAUAUAACGGGAAAGACUGUUCGAUGCCCAGCAGUUGUUGUAAAAAAAUUGCUCGGCUCGGAUAUUUUGUGCAUCGAUGAAAAUUAUGACAGAAGGGUUGAGUAAAAUUGUAAAAUUUUUGAAUUUUGCCACAUUUAUUCUCGCGCAAAUUACUUUAGCUAGCUUUUGCCGCAAAGUAUAAAAAAAGAACUUUCGUCUCUCAAAAAUUCUCGAUUUAAAUCGAGAUUUAAUAAAAACCAAAAGAAAGAAGAGGCAAAAAUAUAUAUGUACAUAUACGCGCGCAGGGCGAUGAUAUGCGAGAGUUUUUCGCGAGGAGAAGAAGGAGAGAGAGCUUCUGUUCAUCAGGUUAUAACUUUUAAGAGAACACACGUACCUUUUCACUCACAGAGUCUCGUCAAUUCAGAUUCACGGCGUUCGCAGCCGAUGCUACGUGCCAGAUCGCCACCUUGUAUAUUAAUCGAGUUCGAUUCGAGGAAAUUAAAGGUCGAAUCGGACACGGAACGGUUUCAGGGUCCUCUUCACUGCACUCGCACAUUUUUAUAUCGAAGAAGAUAAUGUACUGAAGAUAUACUGAAGAUAAAAAAUAAUUUUUUCGCAUUUAAUAGGCGAGAAGAAAAAAAGAAGAAAAAAAGAUGUAGUGAAGAGACCUCUUCACUGUAAUCGCACAUUUUUAUA